CAUCGCGCAGUGACACAAUGUACGCCCCUGGUGACAUCUCAACGUUCAAGGGGAGUGAACUCUCGGGCUAUAGAUGUUAGCAGUCGCCAUAUUUGUUGGAUAGUAUCCGUUAUGGACAGAACAGGAGUUCGUUAUGAAGUGCUGGAAAAUGAGCAGGUGCCUGCAGAACCAGUUGCCAUGGUAAUGAUUGAGCCAGCAGCUCCACCUCCAUAUGCCGCCAGCACAGAGGAUGGAAGCCAGACACAGCCUGAAACAGUGCAGUUCACUACUAAGCUACCAAACUAUGUGGAAGCCACUACUCUCCCAACGUAUGAGGAAGCAGAGCGCAGCAAACUUGAGGAAGCAACACACAGCAGCAGUCCUGAUCAGGAUGUUGUAAGAUUGUUCUUCAGUCAUAGAAAUCAGAGGACUACUCAGAAAUGCAACACAUUGGAGCCUGGCCAUGGCAGCGAUGUUUUUACAGACCUUACUAUUGGGACGGAUGGCAUGUUCAUUUGCACGUUUCUGAUUUCAUUCCUGUUUAACUGGCUCGGCUUUCUGCUGUCACUAUGCCUCUCAAAUACUGUAGCUGGUCGCUGCGGUGCUCUCUCUGGCCUUGGACUGUCCAUUGUCAAAUGGGUGGCUAUUGUCAAGCACAAGCAGUGGGCCAGUGACUUUGCAGAUGGUGACUCCUGGCUCUGGUGGCUCCUGUUCCUCUGUGGUUUUAUACUCUUCAUCCGUGGCUCUGUGCAGUAUGUGCGUGUAAAAUAUGAGUGGAGUCAACUGACCAACCGUCUGCGUCAUUAUCGCCUCAUCUAAUUUGAUCAAAGUCUUCUUUACAACAAUGAAGAAUAAUUUCUUUUGCCCACAAAUAUUUUAGGUUGUCCAAAAACUUGGUUUCUUGGUAAAAGGAUACUUUUAUGUAAAGUUUUGUAGGUUUUGCCAAGAACUAGAAUCUUACCAUAACAGUGUACGGCUGUGAGUUAAUUUGAUGUCUUGAUGUUCUUCUGCACUAUUGCUGUGAAAAGCCAUUAUGUUAAAAUUGGCUUUUAACCUUAGUGAUCUUUCACGAAUUCUAUUUCCCUUCUGUUCAUACUAUAAAUAGGGAACUUUUGAUAAAUGACUUUAAGCUUUGAUAAAAAGAGUAAGAAAUUGAUGUACUAGGAAGAGGAUUGCAUUUUUUUGAUCCCUCCAGCAAACUUGAAUAUUUGUCAUUGAAUUAGUUAUUUAAGAAUAAUUGACUAAUAACAGCUAAGUCUUUCAGUAAUAUUCAGACUUGGUAAAAAGUGUUAAUUUUUUUUUAGUUUGUUUUCGUUUUGUUAUGUCUUGUGUCUAAUAACUGGAGAAACAAAUUAUAUGCUCAAUCAUAUACUCAUAUUUAACUUUACCCCAAGGGGAAGAGUUGCACACCUUCAAAAUGAUGUGCAGAUUUGUUUUGAAAAAGAAAUUUAAUUUGGAUCACGCCCAACAGCAGAGCUGUGAUUGAGCUGUUAAUAAGAAAAAAGGCAAAAUCAGACUACCAAGGAGUAAAGAAUUUCUGUUGGUGGUAAGAAAAUCAGACAUUCAGGAUUAUUCCAUUAUCCUCUUUCACUAGAUAUGUAGAGAGAUACAAGGAAAUAUGAUUAGAGUAGCCAAACAGGGUCAUAAGUUUGCAUCUAAUGGUUUUACAUGUCCCGAAUUAAAAAAAUUUUUUAGUAGAGGUUAGAGCUUCAGUUACAGUGUUACUACCAUGCUUUUACACCAUGUGUGAUCUUAAGGUUGACAUAGGUCAGUGGGUGUCAUCCGUGAUGUGAUAGUAAGUUGUACAUACCACUGUUUUCAUUUUUCAGUGUCAGCUUUUCUGGAACCUUGGGUGUACAAAUUUUGGGUCUGAAAUGGGAUUAUAACUGCAGGAAUUGGCUGGCUAUUGUUAUUGCUGUGAAAAUAUUUGACAGUAGGGUAGUAACGACCUUUGGUUGGUAUAUAUGGAGACUUCCUUUUUUUUUUUUUUUUUUUGGUAGCUUUUCUGUUAGUUUGAUUUUAAUUGAAAACACUAUGCUUUGAAGCUUAAUGUGAAGGAAAAGAUAAAAGCAUUGCAACAUUUUCCACAACUCUGAACGAAUAAUUCAUUUUAAAAACAAAUACUGCACUAACGCAACUUCCUAAAAUUUUGUGUUGAAUUUUCUGAGAAUGUUAUGUACUGUACAGCUAUUUGAAAAGUCAAGCAUUUGAGGUCAUAUAACAUGACAGCUUCUACUAUCUUUGUGCACAAAUGUCUGCUUCCUCUAUGUGCUGCAAUGUUGUUUCUUCCUAUUAUUAAAUGACCAUGUUACUAAUAUUUACGAAGUAACCAGUGUUAAGGUCCGUUUAACUGUUAUACCUUUAGUUCCCACAUGAGAAAGAAGGGAGUCAGCUACUGCUGUACAGAGGACAGAUGGUUAUAAUCUUGCUGCAUGUAAUGAUUUUAUUUCAUCUUUUUAUCCCUUCCCUUUCCUCUCCUCAAAAAGAAAAGUUCUGCAACUGGAAGAUGCAAGAAUAGUCAUUAUUAUAUGCAAGAACAUUGUGCACCCAAUCCUGCUUUAUGUAUAAAUAAAGGAUUCUUUCUCCUUUC